UGCUGUAUGUAGUCCGACCCCCAGCAUGCCUAUCCCUCCCUACUCUCCCCUCUCGAGAAGAGCUGACGGCUCUGUAAACUGAUGCGCACCUACAGUAGUGCGAGAAGAGAGGCGUGAGGGCGGGGGGAUCUCAUACUUCACGUCUUCCUUAACUCCACAGCGAGAAGCGUCCUAAUUUUCCAGCGGAGCAGCCGAAAGAAGAAGAACAGAUGCGGGUUUUUAAUCGGAUUAGAAGAAGAAGAGACAGCGGCAUGGUCGGUUCUGGAGUUCGCCGCCACAUCCUUUCUUUAUUUAAGCCGGUAGCAGCUUGAUGCAAUGUCCAGCAAUGAGUGGCAUCAACGACACCCUGACAGAAAACGGUAGCGGGGAGUACUUGUUUAGCGCCGCUACCUAUAAACUUCUCGCAGUCACGAUCGGAACCAUUGGUGUCCUCGGCUUGGGAAACAAUGUGCUCGUUUUGGUUCUCUAUUACAAGUUCAAGAGACUGAGGACGCCGACUAAUCUUUUUCUCUUAAACAUUAGCAUCAGUGAUCUGCUGGUGUCCGUGUUUGGAGUGACGUUCACCUUCGUGUCUUGCAUCAAGGGACGAUGGAUCUGGGACACGGCGACCUGCCUCUGGGACGGGUUCGGCAACAGUUUGUUUGGAAUUGUGUCCAUCAUGACCCUCACUGUGUUGGCCUAUGAACGCUACAUCAGAGUUGUUCAUGCGAAGGUGAUAGACUUUUCAUGGUCUUGGAGGGCUAUUACCUACAUUUGGCUUUAUUCUUUAGCCUGGACUGGUGCCCCUCUCAUCGGCUGGAACAAGUAUACACUGGAGAAGCAUAGACUAGGUUGUUCUGUGGACUGGGAAUCCAAAGACGCCAAUGAUGCUUCAUUUAUUUUCUUUUUCUUUCUGGGCUGUUUUUUUGUGCCUGUCGGAGUGAUGGCCUAUUGUUAUGGACAUAUUCUAUACACCAUACGAAUGCUUCGAUGCAUUCAAGACCUUCAGACCGUUCAGAUUGUUAAAAUUUUGAGAUAUGAGAAGAAAGUGGCCAAGAUGUUUUUCCUUAUGAUCUCCGCCUUCCUCAUCUGUUGGACACCUUACUCAGUGGUGUCUCUUUUGAUAGCCUAUGGAUACAAAGACAUCGUGACACCAAUGGCAGCUGUCAUUCCUUCAUUUUUUGCAAAGUCAAGCACAGCCUAUAAUCCUGUCAUCUACAUCUUUAUGAGUCGAAAGUUUCGGCGAUGCCUUUUGAAGCUGUUUUGUGCACGGAUGGUGAAAAUCCAGAGGUCCAUCAAAGAAGGACCAGACACUAUGGAGGAAAAGCCAGUGAGGCCUAUUGUCAUGUCUCAGAAACUUGGGGACAGGCCAAAAAAGAAAGUAACCUUUAGCAGCAGUUCAAUCGUGUUUAUUAUUGCCAGUGAGGAGACAAACCAGCUUGACAACUCUUCAAAAAACAGUACGGUUGGAAUAAAUGUGAUUCAAGUGCGCCCUUUGUAACUACAAAAUGAGCUGCUUUUACAGGAUAUUUUUUUAUUUUUAUCACACUGUGUUUUGCUUAUUUUCACGGCAUCAUGGACUUUUUCAAGUGGACUCACAAGAUUAAAUCUAAUGAUGGUGAUUUUUUAAGAGUAAAGCAAUAAAUGUUUAGCUUUGUACAAAUUAAAUAAUUUCCUUGAAUUUUACCUCAAAUAGAUUGUUACCAAGUUUUAAGAAACAGUUGAUUUAAUAUUAGUUUUUUCAAGUUUAUUUUUAAGAACUAAUCCUUGU